AGAGUGCUCAUAGCUCAUUGUUGUUCUUAAAGUUUUUGUUUAAAAUAUAAAGGAAUGGCAGAAGUAGCCCAACAAUUCAUUAUGAACCUCGUUCGUGUAUUGGAGAAGACUGUUUCAACAGACCAAGCUGAGCUCAUUGCAUCUCAAAGUUAUUUGGAAGAAGCAGCAAAGACAAAUUUAUCUGAAUUCCUGGUGCAGUUGUGUAGCAUACUCGCUGAUACUACCAAGUCAGAUGUGGCUCGCAUGGCUGCUGGUUUACAGAUCAAAAAUUACUUAACAUCCAAAGAUAGUUCAGUGAAGCAACAACAUCAACAGCGCUGGUUGUCUUUGGAAGAAUCCGCUCGAUCUAAUAUUAAGAACUUGGUGAUACAAGCACUUGGUACAGAAGUAACACGACCAUCCUCCGCAGCACAAGUAAUCGCCGGUAUUGCUUGCGCUGAAAUACCACUUGGUCAGUGGCAGGAGUUGAUAUCUCACUUGGUAAUGAGUGUCACAAAUAAUGAAUCAAGUGCCCAACUAAGAGAAGCAGCUUUGGAAACAAUCGGAUACAUGUGUUCAGAUAUGGACCCUGAGCACCUGAUGGGACACUCCAACGAUAUUCUAACAGCAAUCGUGCAAGGGAUGAGGAAAGAUGAAACGAACGACAACGUAAAACUUGCAGCAACCAAUGCAAUGCUUAAUACACUCGAGUUCACCAAAGAAAAUUUUGAUCAUCAGAAUGAACGAAACUUUAUCAUGCAAGUUAUAUGUGAAGCCACACAAGUGGAAUAUACAAAGAUCAAGGUAGUUGCAUUGCAAUGUAUGGUGAAGAUUAUGUCUCUCUAUUACAAAUACAUGGAAGCUUAUAUGGGCCCUGCAUUAUUUGCUAUCACAGUGGAAGCAAUGAAAUCAACUGAUGACGACGUCGUUCUGCAAGGAAUCGAAUUCUGGUCGAAUGUUUGUGAGGAGGAGAUGGAUCUUGCUAUUGAGCUUACAGAGGCAUGUGAAGCUGGGAGACCACCGGAGAAUAUAAGCAAGUUUUAUGCUAAAGGAGCUCUGCAGUACCUUAUACCUAUUCUUGUUGAACUACUUGCUAAGCAGGAAGAACUGGAUGAUGAAGAUGAUUGGAAUCCAUCCAAAGCCGCAGGUGUUUGUCUCAUGUUGCUUGCCACCUUAUGUGAGGAUGAUGUUUUACCAUUGGUUGUUCCAUUCAUCAGUUCUAAAAUUCAAGAUCCAAACUGGAGAAUGAGAGAUGCAGCCGUCAUGGCAUUUGGUUCCAUAUUAGAAGGUCCGUCCACUGAUAAAGUAAAGAGCAUUGCCCUUGAUGGGAUGGCAACCUUUAUUAACCUUCUAUCUGAUGAAAGUGUGGUGGUGAGGGACACUACAGCUUGGGCUAUUGGAAGAAUCUGUGAAUUGAUUCCUGAAGCUGCAUUGAAAGAAGAAUACUUGAUGCCGUUGUUAUCUGCGAUGGUUGAAAGUUUAAACAGUGAACCUCGUGUGGCUGCCAACAUUUGCUGGGCAUUCUCCUCGCUUGCUGAAUCUGCAUACGAAGCUGCAGAAAUCACUGAUGAAGAUCCAGAGACUUACUCAAUGUCCGGUGUUUACGAUAAAAUACUUGCUAAACUUCUACAAACCACUGACAGGUCUGAUGGGCACCAGAACAAUCUACGAAACGCAGCUUACGAAGCAAUUAUGGAAAUGAUUAAAAACAGUCCCAAAGAUUGCUAUGAAGUUGUCUUGCAAACCACAACCGUUAUCAUGCAGAGAAUACAAGCAUUGCUACUUAUGGAGACUCACAUUCAAUCCACAAGUGACAGAUCUCAUUAUAAUGAUUUACAAUCGUUACUUUGCGCAACUCUACAAAGUGUCUUGAGGAAAGUUAAGGAAGAACAUAUUGAAAAUAUAUCUGACAACGUGAUGUCAUCUCUUAUUCAAAUGCUUAAGUCCAGUGGUUCUGGUGGUGUGCAGGAAGAUGCUUUGAUGGCUGUUGGUACACUGGUUGAGGUUGUUGGCACCAAGUUUUUAAACUACAUGGAUGCAUUCAAGGAAUAUUUGAUGGCAGGGCUGCAGAAUAAAGCUGAGUAUCAGGUAUGCAUCGCAGCAGUUGGUGUUGUUGGAGAUAUUUGUCGAGCUGUUAACCGACCAAUAUUGCCAUAUUGUGAUGAAAUAAUGGGCAUUCUAUUAACCAACUUAUCUGACGCUGGUGUGCACCGUAGCGUGAAGCCACACAUCUUGUCCGUGUUCGGAGAUAUUGCGCUCGCGAUCGGUGGAGACUUCAGGAACUAUUUGCCGAUUGUUUUACAAACAUUACAACAAGCUGCGAGUGCACAAGUUGAUAAGACGGAUUAUGACAUGGUUGAUUACCUCAAUGAACUGAGGGAAAGUUGUUUGGAAGCUUUCACUGGAAUUAUUCAAGGAUUGAAGGGAGAUAAUGAAAAAGAAAUAAGUCCUGAUGUUAUGCUGGUUAACGAACACAUCAUGUUUAUCCUCUCGUUCAUUGAAGUUAUCGCCAAGGAUGAAGAUCAUUCGGAGGGAACGGUGGCCGCAGCAUCCGGACUUAUUGGAGAUCUUUGCAUUGCAUUUGGACCAUCAUCAGGAGCUCAGUUGUUGAAGUUGAUUGACAGCAAAACCUCCAUCGCUGAGCUAUUAACUGAGGGACGACGUUCGAAAACGAGCAAAACUAAAAGUUUGGCUUUAUGGGGGACAAAAGAAAUUCGAAAACUGAAGAGCAAAGCUUGAAUGAUAUCUGGUUGAGUUCUUAAAUCACAUCCAAGCCCACAAGUAUGAUUGUGCAUUGUGCUUAUGAACAAAUGCGUGUAGUGUGGUUGCCUGUGAUGUCACAAUUCCUUCUGUGACUUGCGAGAGUUCAAGUGAGAUGAUGAGUUUCAAAUGUUCCGAAAUAAAAUCUACAAAUCUCGUUUCAGCUUGCCUUUAACUAAUUUCCAAUUCUUCUAAACCGAUCUUUGCUUGCGUAUUGUGUUUACUUGAAUGCCUGUGUCACUGUGCCUUAUGGUGUUGGGGAAAUUGUGAGAAAAUAAAAUGAAUAUGUGAAUAAAUGAAGAAAGUUGCCAAACCUUGUGUGUAAAAUUGAGAUGCAGUUUUGAACAAAGAAUUUGUGAAAUUCUAUGAAUUGUUUACUUGACGACCAAAUGUGAUGACCACUGUUGACUGUGAUGUGUUGUGCGUUCCUACUCCGACUCCCGUUUCAUUUUCUAUCAAAUUGUACUGCGCUAUUUCCUGGUUGCCGCUUGUAAUUAUUAAACAAAGUUUUUGUUCAAAUUUCCAUCGAAGAAAGAAGUUAAACAAAUUGAAAUUUGACCAACU